UCCUCACACCGGCGCCCUCAUGCCCCCACCCUUCUCCUCGGCUCUGGGGUUCCGCGCGCCUCCUUCCCGCCCCUCGCCCCGGGAGAGGAGCGGGCGGCGCGGGAAGGCUCGCGGAGAAAGGCUGGCGGGAGCUGACCGGCCCCGCUCCGCAGCCGCCUCCUCUACAGCCGGAGCACCCAGUCGGCCGGCCAGCGGCGCGCCAGGCCCCAAGGCAGCCCCGGAGACCGCGGUGGCCGGAUGCACGGGAGCGUCACUUCCGGGCGGUUCAGCAGCGGCCGCUUGGAAGAUGGCUGCGCCCUGUGGCUCGGAGCUGCCCGCCAACUCGCCGCUAAAAAUCCCGAAGAUGGAGGUGCUCUCCCCGGCCUCGCCUGGUGGCCUGAGCGACGGAAACCCAUCGCUGUCAGACCCGUCCACGCCUCGGGGAGCCUCCCCGCUCGGGCCGGGCAGUGCGGCGGGCUCGGGGGCAGCGGCGUCCGGGGGUCUCGGGCUGGGGCUGGGGGGCCGCAGCGCCGCCUCGUCCUCGGUCUCCUUCUCCCCUGGCGGCGGCGGUGGUGGGGCUGCAGCCGCCGCCGCCGCCGCCUGCCGGGGCAUGUCGUGGACGCCGGCCGAGACGAACGCGCUCAUCGCAGUGUGGGGCAACGAGCGGCUGGUGGAGGCGCGGUACCAGCAGCUGGAGGGAGCCGGCACGGUGUUCGGCAGCAAGGCCCCCGGGCCAGCCAUGUACGAGCGCGUGUCCCGGGCCUUGGCCGAACUGGGCUACGAGCGGACCCCGUCCCAGUGCCGGGAGCGCAUCAAGAUGAAAUACCUGUAGACUCCUGAUUUGACCACCUGAUCAAGUAACCUAUACUUUAGUUCUUCUAUUCAGAUUUUCUUGAUUUCUUCUGAUCUCUAUCCCUAUGACCUCAUUCAUGGCUCUUCCUAUAAGGAGGAGACAAUAAGAUAAUACCAACGUACUUAGAGAUUUCUGACAAUAAGGGAAGUAAUAUUAUUCCUAAUUAUGAAUAGAGUAGUCUUUAAUAAUCUUAAGAUACUCUUUCCCCUCUGAAUCUUAAUUUAAAAUAUACUUAGAUGUUUUGAAGCUUAAGUUACUAUAAAUUUCUGAGAUGAGUGAAGUAAAGGAGAAGGAAGGGAAGCAAGGUGUUUGUGUUGAAUAGGACAUGGUUCUCCAAGAAAAGCCAAAUGGAGGUUCGUGUUGGGUUUGGUUAGCUUUCUGCAAGUGGGAGAUGAGACUUCAUUUUUCCUAGAUUCUGGAGAAUUAUUUUAAUUUCAGAUUUAGAGUAGGUUUUUAAGUUGUUUUAUUUAGUAUUGUUGACUCACAAUCUUUUUUUUUUUACAAGAGAUUUAAGGUUUUAUUAAGAUUGUAUUUAAACACUGAAUCAAUUUUUACUGUGGCUGUUGUCUUUUUUCCAUAUAAAUAUCUUAAAAAAGAACUACUUGAUCUUUCAGGGUAUCCAUUUUCAUCUACUCAUAUAAAACACUGCAGAGAUCCAAUUAUAUAUUCAUAUACCAUGCAGUCAUACAUAACAAAUCGUACAUUUGAUUGUUCACAGUACCAUUACAUAGUUGUGCAUUCAUCACCAAAAUCAAUCCCUGACACCUUCAUUACCACACACACAAAAAUAACAAGAAUAAUAAUAAUUAAAAUGACUCACAAUGUUUUAAUUACUUGCUUUGGUUAAUCAUUUGGUGUGUGGAAAGUAUAACCUUUUUUUAUUUAUUAAGGAUGUUAAGAACUGGAAGAUCUCCAUAUAUCCUUUUUAUCCAUUUUUAAACUCCUCAAGUUUAACUAAAUGCCAGUGUUUCCAAGCUGAUGCUUGGAGUCCUACUUUUUUUUUUCCAUCUCAGUUGUGUCCCAUGUAAACAGUUCCUGCUUGGAUCUUGUCUUUACUGAACCCGGAAGUUACCUUCUUAAGUGUAUUAACAUCUUGACAGAGUUAAAAUCAAUCUGGAAAUCUUUUAAUAUUAUUUCCAUACACCAAAUUCCUAUCAGGUGGAUUUAGAAGUUAUGAAACAUCUUUCCUUCAGACACCUAAUAGAUCUUUUAUAUUUCCUCAUAUUACACUAUGAAAGCAUAUUAUAAAAGUACACCACAAAGUAAGAGGUGGCAAGAGCCACCUUUUUGAUGAAAUAUAAAGUAUAUCACCUGACUAUUCUUCCACAUAUCUCUUACCAUUAGAUAUUGCUAAUUGCCUCAUUUACAAUUGCACAAAACCAGUAAAGGUUUCCAAGAAAGCAAGAGUCUUUUCUGUGGUUUUCCACCAAAUACAUUUCAAAGAUUUGUGGCUUUGCUUAUGCCUGUGUCAUUUCCUGAUAAGUGUUGAGCUUUGUAAAGCACCUUUCUUCAAAGGAACCUUAAUUUUAUCCUUGACUUCUGUAGUUACCCUCAGUGAUAGAGCCGAGCCAGCUGGGCUCUUGUGUGCCGUGUGCUUUUCUCCAAGCAGCCAGUAAGUAGGGAGCAUUGGCGUGGUUUCCAUCUCCAUUUAUGGCCUUGGAAGGGUGAAAGAAGCAUGGUUGGGACUCUCCAUUUACGGUCCUUGGAGGAGUUGAAAAGUGGUUGGGGUGUUCUUGGAGGCAGAAACUAGACAUUGUGAGAUAAAAAUAAAUUGCCAGGGCAUGUUUGCAAUGCAAAUUCCAGUCCCUGCAAGGAGGGCAGAGGGCACUGGGAAAGGGGAAUAUGUGGAAAGUCAAAUGAGAUCUGCUGCAGGCAUUUGUUUCCUGCCAUUGGAAGGUUUGCCCAUGACACACUUUUCCCAAGCUCAUAUUUCUGAUUUGUUCUAUGAAGUUUUGUGUUAUGUAGUUGUGACCAUCUCUUACCAAGAGAAAGAAGGAAUGCUGUAUAUUAUCAGAAACCUCAGUUCUUUAAAAGCAUGAUUCGAGGCACUGGAAAAGAUCUCAAGAAAGGGAGAAUGAAGCAGGUACUUAGGUAGGGGCUAGGCCUGCUGUCUUUAGGGUGGGUGACUGUGUCAUUGCUCUGCUAAGUUUGAGGAAGAUCAUCAUGUUUGCCCUGCUUUUAUGGUUUCUUGUGUCCAUCUGGAUUUCUGGCCUCAAGGGAGAGAUUUGCCAAGUAUUUGACAGAGUGUUUUGUAAUUUGUUAACUGUGAUUUAAAGAUGCUGAACUUUCAUGGAGGCUCUAUAAAGAUUAUCAAGAGUUGUUUUGAUUUGCCAAGAACAGAUGAUAUUUUGGCUUAUGGAAGGCAACCUCACCUUUAGGAGAAAUUUAUAGUCUGACCAAUGCCUAUAAAUUAAGUCUGCAGUGACUCGGUUUUGCACAGUUGAGUAAGAAAGUAUUUGGGAGCCACCAGGGAAAAGGGUCUUGUAUCCCAAAAAAAUUCUUAGGAUGAAACCCAGUAAAGUAGAAGGGAGAUUAGCAGGAACAAAGGGAGGCAGAGAUGGGAUACAGUCUAUGAAUGUAACUAAACUAAAUUACUUAAUUUGGAAGCUGGGAUCAAGUCCUUGAUUUAUAAGAUAGCAUACAAUGUACCAUUAAACUCAGAAGCCUGGACUAAUAAUCAGAAAUAUGCAUUAGAAACAAAGACCAUAAAGAAAAUUAAAGGGUUGUACAAGAUAAUAAAAUGAUCCAGUAUUUAUCUGUGGACCUGCAUAAUGAUAUUUGCUGUGUGCCAUAUGGCAGUAAAAGAAGUGAAAUAACAUUCUCCCCUUCCCCCCAAAAAAAGAAAAGAUUGGCCUCAUUUGUUGGUUUGUUUAGCUGGCAGUUUGAGUUGGUAGAAUAGAUGAGCUUUUUUGGCUAACUUUUAGACAGAGGUAUUAGUGUACUGUUUCUUGAUAAUAUUUGAGACUGGGAGUUUGUAGCAUUAUUGAUUGUAUCUUUAUUUUAAAUUUUAGUAGCUUCCCCAGAGACAGAGUUAGUAAGGAAUAUGGACUAUGUAAGUGAUGUUUUACUAGCUAAUCAGUUUAGGCAAUUUUUACCCUGAAUUCCUUCUUAAUCAAGAGUAAGGAAGGUUAUAUUCUUUGCUUUGGGGAAUUCUUCUUUCUGUCCUACCUUCCCUCACUUUUUCCAAAUUCUGAGCACAAUUAGCAGCUCUCUCUCUUCUGUGGCAGGUGUGCAUCCUAUUGGCUGGCUGGUAUUUCUUGUUUUUUUCCCCCCCUUAUUCUUUUUAAAUUGGGGUGGGGGUAUAAAAAUAUGUGUAUGGGGUACAUGCAAUAAUGUUGUAAUGUUUUUUUGUUUAAUGGAUAAUUAAUUGCAAAAUAAUUGUUUGAAUUAUAACAUGUUUGAAUAAAUGCUAAAAUUAGUAUUUUUUUCCUAAUAUAUUAAUGAAUUUGAAAUCUGGCAUUCCUGUAACAAUGUGUCUAUGUUUGUCUGUGUCUGUCUAAUAGUAAUUAAUAUCUGUGGUCCAUACCUGGAAGAGGAAGUACAGCUUUAAAGGAAUAACAAAAGACUUUGUGUCUUAGACCCUUCGCAGGUGUUACAGUCGGGUGAAAGAACAUGGUGUUGGGAAAAGAAAGAGCAGUUACACAUUUGAACAGUUGGAACAGGUGUUUGGUCAGGGAGGAUGGGAUGCUCAGCCCUGCCAGCCUGUACUUAUUAACAGUAGU